UGAGUUCGUGAACUUCUAUUUUGUACACUGUACUACGAAACAAGAACGGGAGGGUUGGUUACAGGACAUUAAUAUGUCCAAUGGAGAAUCAAAUCAUGAAAAGAUUGAAAUUAAAGCUAAUACAGCAGAAAAUGAUUGUAUAUCCCGAGAAGAAUCUGUAGAUCCACGAGUUCAAGUUGAACUCGAGAGGCUGAAUACAGCGACAGAUUUGAUCAAUAAAUUAGAAAUAGAACUAGAUGAAGCAAGAUCAAAUUUUAGACUUUUGCUUAGUGAAUCAUCUUUACGUGUCAAUCAGCUAGCAAAGAAACUUGGUUCUUGUGUAGAAAAAGCAAGGCCCUAUUAUGAAUCUCGUAUGCAAGCCAAGCAGUUGCAGUCACAGACACAAAAAGCAGCACUGAGGUAUGAAAGAGCAAGCAGUGCUCAUUCUGCAGCAAAAGAAAUGGUUUUUCUAGCAGAAGAAGGUCUUAAGAAAGAAGGAAGAUGCUUUGAUCCAGCAUGGCAAGAAAUGCUUAAUCACGCUACUCUUAGGGUAAAUGAAGCUGAGAGUGAACGUGUUUUGAGUCAACAUGAACAUCAAAAAACAUCAUUAGCGUAUAAUGAAGCAGAAAAAAUUGUCCAACAGCUACACCAAGAGUUAAAAAAAUCUAUAGUGAAAUCAAGUCUAUCGACACGCAGAGGCUUGCUUCAACUAAACAAUCUAGCGAAUCAACACCAGUUACAACUUUUGCCGUACUUUGAAAUGAAAGCCCAAUUUAACCAACUAUUGGAAGAACAGCGGAAAAAAGUUCAUCGUUUAGAAGAAAAUGUUUUGAAAAUAAAAAUGAGUUAUGCUGAUGCUCUACAUAAUCUUGAAGAAAUAAGUGAUGAAAUUCAUCAAAAAAGAAAAGCUGAAGAAAAUCAACGUAGUGAAGGUGUUGGUGCAGAAUCUCCUACUUUUGUUUGGGAUGGUCUUAAUAUUCCGUAUCAUAAAAUACCCAGAAGCAGCACUUCAUGUGAGGAUAUUUUUCUGGAUAAUUUGAACUCUGAAGAUGUUUAUAUGAGUCUUCCUCCAAAGCUAAAAGCAAGACCUAGUGUAAUUGCAGCUACAUGCAAAGGAAAUAUUUCUCAGGCAGAAAAGUUGAAAUCGUCCAGCAAUUCAACAUGUCAAGGUUCUUCAGUUUCAAAAUCUUUAAAUGGUAUACAAUCAAAACAUAGUUCAAAUGGACCUUUAUCACCCAGUGAGAAAAUCAAAAAUGGUGUUGAAGCUGAGGAUUGUGUUACUUUAACUGUAGAUGAUUCAAACACCAUAUCAAAUUAUUUUGAACAAAUUAACUUAGCUGAUAAUGAAGAACCUGCUGCUUCUAAAGAAUUGCCGGAAAUAAAAGACAGAUCUCCGGAAGGACAAGAAAUGGCAGAUCAUAAAUUUUUAGCUCCUGAUUUCAAUAUUUUACGUGUACAACGAGAAGAACUAUCAGAUUCUGAAAGUUUAGCUAGUAAUGAUACUGCAGAUACUUUAGAUGACAAUCAAAUUGAAUGUUUAUUGCUAGAAAAAGUUUUGCCUCUAGAUGUUGAAAAUGAUAUUGACAGUCCUUUUACUUUUCAUGAUCCCAGAGAAAAUUCUGAGCAGUAGUGAUACACUAUGAUAUUAAACAUUAUUUGUAUAGUGUGUUCAUAGAUGAAUGCCUUAUGGCCAUAUAAUUUUUAGAAAUGCUGUUAUUUAGAAUACAUAUAUUUAUGUAAAUAUUUGUAAACAUACUAGUCAAUUACAAUUGAUAAUUUUUUAAACCUACAACUAGUCAUCCUUUGUAUAUUUAUUUGCAUAAUAGUCUGAUUAUUGCAUAUCACGCAUCUGUAUUUUUCAGUAUAUACCCAAAUUAUUUUUAUAUAUAUGUUGUGAAUGAGAAUGUUUAAUAUUGUUUUAUCUAUCUUUUCUUUUCUUGCUUCUUUGAGUCAGAAAAGGAAACAGGCAAAUAAUGAUUCCAAAACAUGUUUUUUUAAAUCUUUACUUUGCCUUUAAAAGUUGUUUAUAGUGGAACUUGAUUCCAAUGCAAUUUUUACAUAACUUUGUAAAGAGGGACACCUUUUGUGUGUGUGAAAAAAAAAAAAAAAAUAUGUGCACUAGACCCACAUGUAACACUGUUAUACACACUAACUUUCAUGCAUAUGUACAUAUAUAUGUAUGGAGAGAUAAAAAGAGUGAUAUAAAAUUCCAUUUCCAAUUCUAUGAAUAACUUAAUUGGUUUUUGUGCUAAAUGACAAAAAAAAGAACCACUCCAAUUACCAUGAGCACAGUCUAUACCUAUCUGUAAUAAACUCUUUUGUGGCAAAAGGGGGGGGGGAGUUACUUUGCUCAUGAAAGAAAAAAUAAAUAAUAAAUGGAGAGUAUUGUGGGGUCACUAGGGUAAUAUGGAAUAAGUGGUUUAAACCAUAAAGAAACAUUGAACGUUUAGUUAUUCUGUUAUUAUGGGGCUUCUGGUUCUUUUUGAAUUUUUAAUGUCUCUCAGUUGAUCCUUUAACUCUUUUUUUAUAUGUGGGAGUAGGUUGCUAUAGAAGAAGGUCCUGCCUUUCGCCCUAUUUGAGUACUUUCCUGCCUGUCUUGCUUUGGUAUGGGUUGGACAACAUUUGCUGAUCUAGACAAAUCAAAGACAACCAGGUUAGGGCUCUGGAAACAAAGUGCAUAAGUAGCACAGUAUUCUAUAAUCCUUGACUGGCUAUCUUGGAAAAUGAACCUUUAAACUCAUUGACAGAACAUUGCCAGCUAGAAAAUGGCCACAGUGUAACAAACUACAAUUCAUUUCGUACAUAUUGUGCUUAAUACAAAUAUUCAAGUCACAUAUGUCCUAGUAAAGUAAAAUGUUUGAAAACUUGCCUGCAGAAACUUUUGAAAAUCACAAAACACAAUUUGGCUUUUAGUGAGUAAUACAAAAGCAACUUGCUGUCAUAUCUUCCCUCACUGUGUCAUGAGAAUCUUUAAUAUGCUGAUCAUGAUAUUCCUGCAUGAUAGAAGCUGAGAAAAAAAAAAAUGCUAAAAAACCUCAGUGUUCCAUAUUUUGCAAUUGUUUCAU